CCACAGAAAUAUACACACAGCACACACACUCACACAUCACGUUUUUACAGCUUAUAAAAGCGUCAACGCAGUUUCUCUCUCCUCUCUUUCCAUUUAAAACCACCGUUGUUUGUCGGUUGCACAGCGCCUCCACCUGGAGGAGCGGCGCAAUGACCACCACUCGCGUCAUUUUAGCUAAACGAAAUUUUAUGCAUAACUACGCCCACAAGAUGGCGCUAAGCUAGCCGUGUGCGAGUCUAGUUACACCCAAAAAACUUCAGCGAAGAAGAAAACGCUUCUCUUCCUGUGUAGGGCAUGUGCUUCCUGUGUCAACCAUGCACAUGUGGUAAACAAGCGCAAGCAUGGAUUUUUCAAGUAAGUGGAGUGAUCUUCCCAAAGGUCCGAGUCUGAAAAAUCUGACAGAUGGAAGCUUUGGCCACAUGAAGGACACCCAGCAUGCUGCCAUUCAGGAUCUGACCAAAGCUCACAUCGAGUCGUUUGACCAGGCGGUCACAGACGGACUCAACCGCGUUGUGCAGUCCAUCCCCCCCUUAGAGUUCAUGUUCAAAAAUGAACGGAUCAGCCUUGGUUUCGUUGAAGCUGCCAUCCAAAACCCAGUGGUUGCCAAAGGGAACAUCUGCAAGGAAAUGAAGGUGUUCCCAGCAGAGUGCCGGGGAAGAAGAUGCUCGUACAAAGGGAAAAUAGUGGCAGACGUCAGCUGGUCGAUCAAUGGAGUUCCCAAAGGCAUCAUCAAGCAAUCUCUGGGUCAUGUGCCCAUCAUGGUGAAGUCCAGGCUGUGUAACCUGCAUGGCAUGUCCCCCAAAGAGCUCGUAGAGCAUCACGAAGAAGCCGAGGAAAUGGGAGGUUAUUUCAUUGUGAAUGGAAUUGAGAAGGUUAUCCGCAUGCUGAUAAUGCCAAGGAGGAACUAUCCUAUCGCCAUGUCAAGACCCAAGUGGAAGAACAGGGGUCAGGGUUACACUCAGUAUGGUAUUUCUAUGCGUUGCGUGAGGGAGGAGCACACAGCCAUCAACAUGAACCUGCAUUAUCUGGAAAAUGGAACUGUGAUGCUGAACUUCAUCUACCAGAAAGAGCUCUUCUUCCUCCCACUAGGCUUUGCAUUAAAGGCUCUGGUGGACUUCACAGACUUCCAGAUCUACCAGGAGCUGAUCAAAGGCCGCGAGGACAAUUCUUUCUACAAGACCUGUGUGUCCGAGAUGCUGCGCAUCGUCAUGGAGGAGAACUGCACCACCCGCAGCAAGGUGCUCAAUUACCUUGGAGAGCGCUUCAGGGUUAAGAUGAACCUCCCUGAGUGGUACACAAAUGAACAGUGUGCCAACUUCCUGUUAAAUGAGUGUAUCUGCAUCCACCUGAAGUCAGACGUGGAGAAGUUCUACCUGCUCUGUCUGAUGACGAGGAAGCUCUUCACUUUUGCCAAGCAGGAGUGCAUGGAAGAAAACCCCGACAGUAUCGUGUGCCAGGAAGUGCUCACUCCUGGUCAGCUCUACCUCAUGUUUCUGAAGGAGAGACUGACUGCAUGGUUGGUGUCUGUGAAGCUGUCCUUUGACAAGAGAGGCAGCAAAGUGACCGGAGGAUGGAGCUCUGAAAUGAUGAUAAAGAUGCUCAACAUGGGAACUGACUUGACCAGACCAUUUGAAUAUCUGCUGGCCACUGGAAACCUCCAGUCUAAGACAGGUCUGGGCAUGCUGCAGAGCACCGGGCUGUGCGUUGUAGCUGACAAGCUCAACUUCAUUCGCUACCUGUCUCACUUCCGCUGCGUGCACAGAGGAGCAGCGUUCGCUAAGAUGAGGACCACCUCUGUGCGUAAGCUGCUGCCCGAGUCCUGGGGCUUCCUGUGUCCUGUCCACACUCCAGACGGCGAGCCUUGUGGACUCAUGAACCACAUGACAGCCAGCUGUGAAAUUGUGGCAUUGACCUUGUCCACCACGUCACUGCCUGCUCUGCUCUGUUCGCUUGGUGUCACUCCAGUGGAUGGAACUCCUGGUCGGGCCUUCGCAGACUGCUACCCUGUGGUCCUGGACGGUGCUGUUGUUGGCUGGGUGGAGGCUGACUUGGCUCCAGUUGUGGUUGAAUCACUGCGCAGGUUCAAGGUGUUAAGAGAGAAGAAGAUUCCUCCCUGGACAGAGAUUGUGCUGGUUCCCAAAACAGGCAAGGCCAGCUUAUAUCCAGGCCUGUUCCUCUUCACAACACCUUGUCGCAUGGUGCGGCCUGUACAGAACUUGGCUUUUGGCAAGCAAGAGUUGAUUGGCACCUUUGAACAGCUUUACAUCAAUGUCGGAAUCUUGGAGAAUGAGAUUGAACCAAGAGUAACCACACACCAGGAGCUCUUCCCUCACAGUAUGCUCAGUGUGGUGGCAAACUUCAUCCCAUACUCGGACCACAACCAGAGUCCCAGGAACAUGUACCAGUGUCAGAUGGGUAAGCAGACUAUGGGCUUCCCGCUACACUCUUUCAUGGAUCGCUCUGAUAACAAGCUGUACCGGCUCCAGACCCCACAGAGCCCACUAGUCAGGCCUUAUAUGUACGACCACUACAGCCUCGACAACUACCCCAGCGGCACAAACGCCAUCGUGGCCGUCAUAUCCUACACAGGCUACGACAUGGAAGAUGCCAUGAUUGUGAACAAGUCGUCAUGGGAGAGAGGCUUCGCCCAUGGAAGUAUCUACAAGACGGAGCUGGUGGACCUGGCAGAGAAGGUGAAGGGAGAAGACGGCGUGGUGUUUGGAACCAAGCCAGGCGACCCCAAAGUGAAAGAAAAACUAGACGCUGAUGGACUGCCCUUCAUCGGAUCGGUGCUUCAGUAUGGAGACCCUUUCUACAGCUACAUCAACCUCAACACUGGGCAGACCUUUAUCUCCUACUACAAGAGUCAGGAGGCCUGUAUUGUUGACAACAUAAAGGUCUGCAGUAAUGACGGCGGCUCAGGCCGCUUCAAGCGCGUCUGCAUCACUGUACGAAUGCCCCGAAAUCCCACCAUCGGUGACAAGUUUGCCAGCCGCCACGGACAGAAGGGCAUCCUGAGCCGCCUGUGGCCGACGGAGGACAUGCCCUUCACCGAGAGCGGCAUGACUCCGGAUAUCCUGUUCAACCCCCACGGCUUCCCCUCCCGUAUGACAAUCGGGAUGCUCAUCGAGAGCAUGGCCGGCAAGUCGGGCGCCCUGCACGGCCUCGGCCACGACGCCACACCCUUCACCUUUUCCGAGGAGAACUCGGCACUCGAUUACUUUGGCGAGCUGCUUCGGGCGGGCGGCUACAACUACUACGGUACGGAGCGGCUGUACAGCGGACUGAGCGGUCAGGAGCUAGAGGCAGACAUCUUCAUCGGCGUGGUCUACUACCAGCGGCUACGUCACAUGGUCUCCGACAAGUUUCAAGUUAGGACGACAGGAGCACGAGACAAAGUGACCAACCAGCCCGUAGGAGGAAGGAACGUGCAGGGAGGCAUCCGUUUCGGGGAGAUGGAGCGAGACGCCCUGCUGGCUCACGGCUCUUCGUUCUUACUUCACGAUCGCCUCUUCAACUGCUCAGACCGCUCAGUGGCUCAGGUGUGCGUUGACUGCGGCAGCCUUCUCUCCCCUUUGUUGGAGAAACCGCCGCCCUACUGGUCAUCCAUGCGCCACCGUAAGACUGUCUGCACCCUGUGUGGCAAAAGUGACUCUGUUGACUCGGUGUCUGUUCCUUAUGUCUUCCGCUACUUUGUAGCUGAGCUUGCUGCAAUGAACAUCAAAGUCAAAUUAGAAGUCAAGUGAAUUUUAUAGGAUGUAAAGAUUCAUGCCUUAAAGCGCCAACCCUGCACACUUUGUUCAGACGGGUCUCAAUAAAGCUGCUCAAAUCAUGCGUGCCGACAGAAGACGAUAAACACAUAACAUGAUGUCCAUGAAAAGUUUUAUUAGCCCCAAAAACAUGACCAAGUAUCAGUGUGUGAUGGGAUGCACGGGUUGACAAUCUUCUGCGAUGAAUAAAAAUGUUCAGUAUUGUAGAAGUCAAGACUACUCAGAUCCAUUAAGAGAAAUUAUGAAAUAUUAAAAGUGCCACACGCAUGACCACCAAAUGCACUGGAAAUAUAAAGUGUCCUGAAAAUGUCCCCUUGGGGAUAGUGAGUGCUUAAUACUUUGCUGAGGUGCUGCUAACAGUAAAUUAGUGUAAAAGUGAUCAGGAUGAAGUAAAGGCACUGAGCCCGUUUCCCACAAAA